UUCGCUAAGCAAGUAGUCUCCAAUUUGCACCGCAAAAAGAUUGGACAUAAGCGCAUGCUGGUCAGUUAUACUCGUGACUCCUCCUUUACUGAAAUCAACACGCUUCGUUGUCAGGUCGCGGGACUGCUAAAGGAUGUCCCUUACAACACCCUACCCAUGUAUAAGUUCAGGGAGCUUUUUCAGUCGCGAUUUAAAACAUCAAUCAGUAUUUUGGAUUUGUUCAAAAUGCAGGACAUAUGUUCUAUUAACUCGGAUACCAAUGAGGAUAAGUUCAUCAGUCUGAAGCCGGAACUAGUAAACACCCUCGAGAGCUCACCCUUAAUGGAAGGUCUUCAACAUAGUGUUCCUUACUGUAGUAUUCACUUUAAAAGGGAGCAGCACAAGGGAUGGGCCGAACAGGAGAUAGAGCCACUGCCCAAUGUCUGCAUGACCAUUUCGGAGAUUCAGAAACUAAUCUAUCCCUUGCUUAAGGUGCAUCCGGGGGAUAUUCCAGUGGCUACCCUUAUUCAUUGCAUUGAAGGACAGCUAAAUGUGUCAAUCACGGCUAAUGAAAAGGGCGUCAACUUGGAGCACUUGGUCUGCUGUGUCCAGGGAAUUCAGAUUCAGGCUAACAACUUUGGCAUUAAAAUUCUCAACUGGUUGGAGCCUAGUAAGGAACUAUCAUCGUCAAGUGCGAUUUACGUUAGCUCAAAUUUAAGUAGUCACAGUGCCAUUGACCGAGCCAAUAGUGGAAGUUACUAUAAAAACUUUGUGGCCGACCCGCUUUUACAAAUCUCCCGCGAGGUUAUCGAGCUGGUGAAGUUGUCACCAAAAUCAACCAUGAAGUUCAAUCGCUUUAUUCCGGCCUAUCACAAUCACUUUGGAAAGCAAUGCCGAGUGGCAGACUACGGCUAUACAAAGCUUAUCGAGCUCUUUGAAGCUUUAUCUUCUGUGGUGCAGAUCAUGGGAGACGGCGAAAAUCGUCAGAUCACGCUUACCCACCGCACUCAAAUACGUAGGUUCACCUCAGAUUUAUUGCGUGUUCUGCGCGCUAGUGGUAACAAUUCGGUACUGCUUACUCAGUUACCGGCGGUUUUUGCCCAGACCCAAAGUCGAAUUUUCGAUGUUACAGAUUAUGGAGUAUGCGACAUUGUAGACAUUCUAGAUGGCCUUGUUAACUCUAAUAUCGUCGAUCUAAGCUCUGUGCAGCACGGAAAAGAUAUUCUCAUAUCGAUGCCAAAACGCAAGCAGUCGAACAGUGAAUUGGAGAAAACAAGUGUAUUCGCGGGAGAAAUUGUAGAGCUCUUCCAGAACGCCCUUCAGUACACGAUUUUGUUUCAGAAGUUUGUGCGAUCCUACCAUUACCACUUCGCUUAUCAAUGUCGACUCAGUGAUUAUGGCUUCUUGAAAUUGACCGACCUUUUGGAUGCAAUUAGCGGUUUAAUCGAGAUAAGGGUGUCCAGCGAUGAGGACAGGAAAAUAGUGCUCUCCCCUAAGGUAGCAAGAAGAGUGUUUGCUGAGCAAUGUGAGGACCUUAUACGCCAGGCCACUGGAAGCUCAGCGCACUGUAUGAAGCUAGAUCAAGUGCUGAUGAUGCACAAGAAAAAGUUUGGCUACCAGGUUCAACCAAAAACUUUGGGGGUCUCGGAAAUGGCUAUGGCAGUUGAGUUGUUGCCCUACGUUGAGCUGAAAAAGAAAAAUCAGACCGUAUGGCUCAUCUGUCACAAUAACGACAUUGAGUUUCGUCUUUUGUGCUAUAGGGCAUGCAACCAUAUUGUUCAGCGGGAAGGCUUCGCAACGGCACUCACAAAAGUUCCAGCUGAAAUGCAGUCAGGAGCUCUAUCUUCACAGUUACUAGAAGCCCUUACCAAGAGUACUUUUUUAAACGAGUUCAAUUCUAAGCACAAGAACCAGCUCACAGAAGAAGCUCUUUUAGCAAUGCGACAUGCAAUCGAGGUAAGUUACCGAUAG